AUCUUUUGUCUGCCCUAACUGGGAUUUAGGGCUCGUGGGCAUGGCGGAGCAAGUGCUACGCGACAUGAAUCUCAGCUCCGAUGAAUUCUCGAGGCUGAAGACAUGUAUGAAAGAUCCCAAGUUUAUGGAGCUCUUGAGCGAGUAUGCGAAGGAGAUCUCGCAGCCUGGCAGCAAGGAAGAAGCUGAGGCAUACCUCAAAAUGGCCGAAGAGCGCAGCAGUUUUUCAAUGGAAGGAAAGGACUUGAUCAUACCGGUUGCUGGAUUUUGUGUCAAAACGAAGAACAAGAAGAACAAUAAGAAGGUUUUCAUCAACAUAUGCCAUACAACCAACAUUGACAAACCGACUUCUUUCACUCAUUCUGGAAAAGGCGAACAGUGGUCGAUCCCUUACAGCUUGGGUCCUGCACGAAACGACGUGGAUAAAGCCGGCGGGGAGUGUGAGGUUUAUGAUUUUGUAGUGAACGAAGAAGCUCAUGAGCGUGCCAUGAAAAACAAUCGGUUUAAGCGGUUUCUAGCAGAGACAGCAAUUGAGAACAUUCAAAAACAACGGGGCGUAGAGCUUAGUGAAGAAUUUAUCCUGCCCAAGCUGAAGUAUAAAGGACAUUCUGGAAAUCCUAAGAUGCAAACAGUUCGCAAGACAUCGGCAAGUGAGCAAGCAAACACAGAAAAAGAGGUUUCUUCCAAGUCAAGAGCAGGAGAGAAACCUUCAAGUGAUUCAGUGCCAGACGUGAAGGAACUUGCCUCCAAAGAAGUGAAGCCUUCUUACGAAUUCAUCUACCGAGAUGAUUUGGACCUUGGGAAAUUCUGGACAGAUAAGGCUGUUCUACCAAAUGGCAAUCAAAAACCGAAGAUGAUUGUGUUGCGAGUUGACUUGCCAGAAGUGCAAACUUCGAGCGAGGUGGAGCUGGAGGUGACGAAUUCCGAUGUCUCUUUGUACGUCCCUGAAAAGUAUAAGCUCAAGCACGCAGGUACAAACGGCACACCCUGUGGAUUUCAAGAAUGCGAGAGCACAGUUCGACAGAAACAGACGAAGGCUAGAAGUUGUCAUGCCAACCUGUUAACUUCUUCCUCCUUAAAUGAACACGAAAAUCUUCUAAGGAGGAACAACUGAUUCUUCCGUAGGGCAAUGGCUAUG